GUUAGGAUUGCUAGGAUUUUCAACACAUAUGGACCACGUAUGUGCAUAGAUGAUGGUCGUGUUGUGAGCAAUUUCGUUGCACAGGCCUUGAGAAAGGAGCCAAUGACAGUUUAUGGAGAUGGGAAGCAAACCAGGAGUUUUCAGUUUGUUUCUGAUUUGGUAGAAGGUUUGAUGAGAUUGAUGGAAGGAGAUCAUGUGGGUCCUUUCAAUCUUGGAAACCCUGGUGAAUUUACCAUGCUUGAAUUAGCUAAGGUGGUGCAAGAAACAAUAGAUCCAAAUGCAAAGAUAGAAUUUAGGCCAAAUACAGAAGAUGAUCCCCACAAGAGGAAACCUGACAUUACAAAAGCAAAGCAACUUUUAGGGUGGGAGCCAACAGUUUCCCUCCGGCAAGGACUUCCAAUGAUGGUUGAUGACUUCCGGCAACGGAUUUUCGGCGACGAAAAGCGAGAUUCCAGCAGUUUAUUGACCAUAUAAUAUAGGGUUUUCUCUAUUUAUUGAGCCAUGAAAAUGGUUAAGUGGAGAAAAAAUGAAAAAGAAAUUAGCUAAUACAAGCAAUGAAUUAAUAAUAACAAGAGAGGCUCUUUAAGAGUAGGCACUUGUUUAGAGUCUUCUUUUCUUUUUUUCUUCUUGCAUCGGUCUUUUUUUUUUCUUUUUUUUUCUUUUUUUACUUAUUGAACUAUUUCCAAAAUAAGAUCCUCUAUUGAAAGAGGAUAGUAGAAUACAAAAAGAAUGUUUUUGGUACACUAGUAAAGCAACCAAGAUUGCUCUUGUGCUUUUGAUCAAUAUAUGAGUCAAUGUUUGAUA